AAAGCUGGGGAGGGGGCAGAGCUAGACUGCGGGUCAAGUGAUUGGAAUAAAGUGAUUGGAGAGCACAGAAGGAGUUAAACUGAGGCCUGGGGAACAGGCCCCAGGAUAUCCCCCCCCCCUGCGACAUCUCUGGCUAUCAGCACCCAUACAGGCUCCUCCCCUGGCCCCGCCCAGGGGCUGGCAGUUGCGAGUGGAUGUAACUGGGAGCCACUGGGCACAGCAGACUGUCAGAGGCGGAGAAGGAAAGCAGAUCCCUGCGCACUGACAGCCCCCCGUGUAUUCGCCAAGAGCCAUGGAGACCCCCGGGCAGAAGCGGGCGACCCGCAGCACCCACACCCCACUCUCCCCCACCCGCAUCACCCGCCUGCAGGAGAAGGAAGACCUGCAGGAACUCAACGACCGAUUGGCCGUCUACAUCGACAAGGUGCGCUCCUUGGAGUCGGAGAACGCCGGGCUGCGCCUGCGCAUCACUGAGUCCGAAGAGGUGGUCAGUCGCGAGGUGUCGGGCAUCAAGGGGGCCUACGAGGCGGAACUGGCGGACGCCCGCAAAACUCUCGACUCGGUGGCCAAGGAGAGGGCUCGCCUGCAGCUGGAGCUCAGCAAGAUCCGCGAGGAGCACAAGGAGCUGAAAGCGAGGAACGCCAAGAAGGAGAGCGAUCUGCUGACGGCGCAGGCGCGGCUGAAGGAUUUGGAGGCCCUGCUGAACUCUAAAGAUGCCGCCCUCACCACGGCGCUGGGAGAGAAGAGGAAUCUGGAGAACGAGAUCAGGGAACUUAAGGCUCACAUUGCAAAGUUGGAGGCCAGCCUCGCCGACACAAAGAAACAACUGCAGGACGAGAUGCUCCGCCGCGUGGAUACCGAGAACCGCAACCAGACGCUGAAGGAGGAGCUUGAGUUCCAGAAGAACAUUUCUAACGAGGAGAUGCGCGAGACCAAGCGCCGCCACGAGACCCGGAUGGUGGAGAUGGACAACGGGCGGCAGAGGGAGUUUGAGUCCAAACUGGCAGACGCCCUGCAGGAUCUCCGUGCCCAACACGAGGGGCAGGUCGGCCUCUACAAGGAAGAGCUGGAGAAGACCUACAAUGCCAAGCUGGAGAAUGCCAAGCAGUCGGCCGAGAGGAACAGCAGCCUGGUGGGAGAAGCCCAGGAGGAGAUUCAGCAGAGCCGGAUCCGCAUCGACAGUCUCUCUGCCCAGCUCAGCCAACUGCAGAAACAGCUGGCGGCUAAAGAGGCCAAACUACGGGAUCUGGAGGAUGCUUACGCCCGCGAACGGGACUCCAACCGGCGCCUCAUGUCGGACAAGGACCGGGAGAUGGCGGAGAUGCGGGCCCGUAUGCAGCAGCAGCUGGACGAGUACCAGGAACUGCUGGACAUCAAACUGGCGCUGGACAUGGAGAUCCAUGCCUACCGCAAACUACUGGAGGGAGAGGAGGAGAGGCUGCGUCUCUCCCCCAGUCCUACCACUCAGAAGAGGUCGGCAAGGACCGUCGCCUCCCACUCUGGGACCCACAUCUCCUCCUCUGCCUCCAAGAGGCGGCGCCUAGAGGCCGGGGAGUCGGGGAGCACCAGUUACACCCAACACGCCCGCACCACCGGGAAGGUCUCCGUGGAAGAGGUGGAUCCGGAGGGGAAAUACGUGCGGCUGCGGAACAAGAGUAACGAGGACCAAUCGCUGGGGAACUGGCAGAUCAAGCGCCAGAUAGGGGAGGAGACCCCCAUUGUGUACAGGUUCCCCCCCAGACUUACACUAAAGGCCGGACAAACGGUGACGAUCUGGGCAUCAGGCGCCGGAGCCACAAAUAACCCCCCCACUGAUUUAGUAUGGAAGGCCCAGAGCUCCUGGGGAACAGGCGACAGUAUUCGCACCGCGCUGCUCACGUCUAACAAUGAGGAGGUCGCUAUGAGGAAACUGGUGCGCACUGUCGUCAUCAAUGAUGAAGAUGGAGAUGAUGAAGAUGAUGACGAUGUGGGACAUCACCACCACCACCAUCAUCAUCAUCAUCAUGAUGGGCAGAAUAGUGGGGACCCCGGGGAGUACAACCUGCGCUCUCGCACCAUCGUUUGCACCAGCUGUGGGCGCCCGGCUGAGAAGGGGGUUCUAGGCUCCCAGGGUUCUGGUUUGGCCACGGCCUCGACCGGUUCCUCAUCCUCCAGCGUCACCCUGACCCGGACCUACCGCAGCACCGGGGGAACCAGCGGGGGCAGUGCCCUCGGGGAGAGUCUGGUCACCAGGACCUACAUUGUCGGGAACGACAGCCAGCGUGCCCAGGUCACCCCGCAGAGCUGCAGCAUAAUGUAAUCCGCUGCCCGACGCCGCCGUCACCAAGUGCCCAAGUGCCCGAGCGAAACAGAGAGAUUUUGGUUUUUUUAUGAAAAUUUUGUUUUUAUUUUAUACUGCGAGAAUUUUAUAAAGAAAAAAAAAAUGCACAUUUUUUUAAAGGCAACAUUUACCUGUAUCUGCAGAAACCAAAGUUAAUUCUGAUCUGCCCCCCCCCCCACAUAUAAUGGAUGGUUCUGGGGUGCAGAGGGACUGGGGCAUUA